UACGUGUCCAUAGUCGUUAAUGUGUGGAUGGCCUGAUGCUUUCAGGAUGUUUAAGAACCUGCUGAAGGAGAUCCGGAUCUACGCCCAGAAGUUCAUCGACCGCGGGAAAGACUUCAACCUGGAGCUCGCCAUCAAGACCCGGAUCAUCUCAGACGGGCUGAAGUACUCGCUGGCCACGGGGAACUGGGGCGACGUGAAGAAGGCCCACCAGGCUCGCGCCGGCGUCUCCCAGGUGCUGAACCGCCUGACCUUCGCCUCCACGCUGUCCCACCUGCGCCGAGUCAACUCUCCGAUCGGCAGAGACGGCAAGCUCGCCAAACCACGGCAGCUGCACAACACGCUGUGGGGGAUGGUGUGUCCCGCCGAGACGCCCGAGGGCCACGCGGUGGGUCUGGUAAAGAACUUGGCCCUGAUGGCCUACAUCUCCGUGGGCUCGCAGCCGUCUCCCAUCCUGGAGUUCCUGGAGGAGUGGAGCAUGGAGAACCUGGAGGAGAUCUCUCCGGCUGCCAUCGCAGAUGCCACUAAGAUCUUUGUGAACGGCUGCUGGGUGGGAAUCCACAAAGAUCCCGAACAGCUGAUGAACACGCUGAGGAAGCUCCGCAGACAGAUGGACAUCAUCGUCUCCGAGGUGUCAAUGAUCCGAGACAUCCGGGAGCGAGAGAUCAGAAUCUACACAGACGCCGGCCGGAUCUGCCGGCCGCUGCUGAUCGUAGAGAAACAGAAACUGCUGCUGAAGAGACGACACAUCGACCAGCUGAAGGAGCGCGAGUACAACAACUACAGCUGGCAGGACCUGGUGGCCAGCGGGGUGGUGGAGUACAUCGACACCCUGGAGGAGGAGACCGUGAUGCUCGCCAUGACGCCUGACGACCUGCAGGAGAAGGGCGUGGCCUACUGCUCCACAUACACACACUGUGAGAUCCACCCGUCCAUGAUCCUGGGGGUGUGUGCGUCUAUCAUCCCCUUCCCCGACCACAACCAGUCUCCCAGGAACACGUACCAGUCUGCCAUGGGGAAACAGGCCAUGGGGGUCUACAUCACCAACUUCCAUGUGCGGAUGGACACGCUGGCCCACGUGCUGUACUACCCCCAGAAACCACUGGUCACCACCCGCUCUAUGGAGUACCUGCGCUUCAGAGAGCUGCCCGCAGGGAUCAACUCCAUCGUGGCGAUCGCCUCGUACACAGGCUACAACCAGGAGGACUCUGUGAUCAUGAACCGCUCGGCCGUGGACCGGGGCUUCUUCAGGUCUGUCUUCUAUCGAUCGUACAAAGAGCAGGAGUCGAAGAAAGGCUUUGAUCAGGAGGAGAUCUUUGAGAAGCCCACACGGGAAACCUGUUCAGGUAUGAGACACGCCAUCUACGACAAGCUAGAUGACGACGGGCUGAUCGCCCCCGGCGUGCGUGUCUCCGGCGAGGACGUUAUCAUUGGGAAGACGGUGACGCUGCCGGAGAACGAUGACGAGCUGGACAGCACCAACCAGCGCUACACCAAGCGGGACUGCAGCACCUUCCUGAGGACCAGCGAGACUGGCAUCGUGGACCAGGUCAUGGUUACGCUCAACCAGGAGGGCUACAAGUUCUGCAAGAUCCGGGUUCGCUCUGUCAGGAUUCCUCAGAUUGGAGACAAGUUCGCCAGCCGACACGGACAGAAAGGAACCUGUGGGAUCCAGUACAGACAGGAGGACAUGCCAUUUACCUGCGAGGGAAUCACUCCUGACAUCAUCAUCAAUCCGCACGCCAUCCCGUCCAGAAUGACAGUCGGCCAUCUUAUCGAGUGUCUGCAGGGAAAGGUAUCUGCUAACAAAGGAGAGAUCGGCGACGCAACGCCGUUCAACGACGCCGUCAACGUGCAGAAAGUCUCCAACCUGCUGUCAGAGUACGGGUACCACCUGAGAGGAAACGAGGUCCUGUAUAACGGCUUCACAGGCAGGAAGCUGACGUCUCAGAUCUUCAUCGGCCCGACGUAUUAUCAGCGUCUGAAGCACAUGGUGGACGACAAGAUCCACUCAAGGGCCCGGGGCCCCGUCCAGAUCCUCAACAGACAGCCCAUGGAGGGACGGUCCCGGGACGGCGGUCUGCGGUUUGGGGAGAUGGAGCGGGACUGUCAGAUCGCCCACGGCGCGGCCCAGUUCCUGCGUGAGCGUCUGUUCGAGGCGUCCGACCCGUACCAGGUCCACGUGUGUAACCUGUGCGGUCUGAUGGCCAUCGCCAACACGCGCACGCACACGUACGAGUGCCGCGGCUGCCGCAACAAGACCCAGAUCUCUCUGGUGCGGAUGCCCUACGCCUGUAAGCUUCUCUUCCAGGAGUUGAUGUCCAUGAGCAUUGCUCCUCGGAUGAUGACAUCAUAGAGCGGUUUGGCCAAUCACGUGCCAGGAUUAUAAAUGUGA